AUGAACACCCGGCGGUCCUCAGCUUUGGUGGUCACCACGAAUUCUUGUGCUCAGCCCGCCGCCUGCUGUGGCUGUCCUUCAACGCUCAGGGGUCGCUGUCUGCGCGAUGACCACUGCGUGUGCAAAGCGGCUCACAGGUUCUGUCGAGACGAUUGCGAGUCGGCCAAAGGUCACAAAGAUUGCCUGAAUGUCGAACUGUGCCGAUGCCAAUGCAAAGCGGAUCCGGGGCACGCCUCCGCGGGUCGCCAGCAACUCUCUUCGAAGUCUUCUACCGCUGCUACUGCAAUGUCUUGCUCGUCGCACGCCUGCCGGUGUUUCCAGAAUGACCAGGCGUGCCAUAGCGAGUGCCUGUGUGGACAGAGGUGCGCCAACGGCGAAAUAACGAAUGCCGGCGCUGGUCAACAUCGCUCAACCAUCGGUAACCAUAGCAAACCAGUGGAUUACGCACAGUUGCAUUGCAAAUGCCGCUCCGGCAAAAGACGGUGUUCAGAUCGAGUCAAAUGCCCCUGUCGUUUAGCAUUCAAACUAUGCACAAGCGCGUGCAAAUGCAGGGAGUGGUGUAGCAACGCGAACCGCAGGGCUUGCAUCACCGGUUCUUGCAAGUCGUUUUUUCUCGACCCUGAACGAGGCGCGUCCAAGACGAUGGUUGCAUGCCUACGCACCACAACCAACGGUACCUACUACCAGGAGUACAGAGCGACUGACAACGACAAGGACAAGGAUAGCAGACAUCCAGAGGAGAUAUUUCACAAAGACAUGCUGCAGGCGCUACGGACUUACGUUCUGCCGCUGACACAUAUAAUCGUCUACCUGCCAACCAGCCCCUGCUUUCACCAAGAUUGCGAACCGCAGUGCGACGUGUUGGAUAGGUGUUCGUCGAACAGAGCAUGCGCCGAACAGCUGGCCAUCGUCUACAGACAGGCGAAGCUAUUGACCGAAAAGACCGACCUGAAGAUGAGCGUCAAGUUUCUGGCUUCAUACAUCCGCCGAGGAGACUUGUACACAAAGCAGGGCAUCACGAUGAUGAUGAACGCCGGCAUCGACGUCGAACCGUUGGGUAUGCGCGACUGGAUCGAGCUGGUACACAACGACAACGAUAACUUGGCCGAGUCGACCAUCAACGAUUACUACUUUUCGUUGUGGAAGGGGCUGCGGCUGACCAGUUAUAUCAGACAGUCCGAGAUCUAUAUCAACGAGUGCCGCGCGGCAAACGGCCUUAAAAACAUCUACUGGUUCAGCUGUCUGCACAACCUGAUCAGGGACUGUUUGACGACCAGUGCCAGGACCUAUGCCGAAUACGUGUGCCUGGAUAACUGUCUGAAAACCAGCAAAUGCGAUCGACACCCGGUCAUUAAACGCGGCUGUCAACGGACACAGUCGGACACGACCAUCUACGACAAUUCGACGACGAUCGGCAGCGACAUACCGUGCACACGCGAAAAGACCACAACCCCCACCACGGUAGCGUCCGUUGCUGAUUCCGAGACUGCCACUGAUCCAGAGGUGAAGAUCAGCCCCGUCGGUCGCCAUCGGAAACACAAAUCACUGUCGAGGAUCAGCAGCGUAAUGAGGCGAAGGAACAAGAGAAAAGAGUACACGUCGCACGAAAGCUUCAGCGAAAGUUCCGUAGAGCUGAACAGUGCCGAUACCACGCCGCACUUCGAAAAUACCUUCGAGGAGUCGGUGGUCAGUCGGCUACUCGUCGACCUGUACAGUCGUAGUAUCGACGAUACGGAAUUCGAGGACGUCAAAAAAGAUAUCCGACUAGCCGUAGAAGAUAUUCGCGACCGUCUUCAAAAGUUCUUGAACUACGUGAAAAGCACCAUAGAUUCAACUUCGAGCUCUUCUUCUUCCUGA